AAGAAACUAUAAUUAUAAACACACUUUUUACAGGGAUUCUAAAGAGUCAACUAUUGAAAAGUAAAAGUAUUGCUUGGGGGGAAAAAACAAUAAUAUCAGAUAUUUAGCAGCUAGAACGGUCUCUUAAAUAAUGCCCAUGAUACAAUUUCCAAAUGAAAUGAUCUCUGCAGGUGCAGCUAGGACGCAGGGUCUAAUCACUCGCAAGGUCAUACGCAGUGUUUAUAAAUACAAAGCGGUGCAGCGCCGGCACGGGACAUCGUCUCUAAAGCUCUGCCCAUGGAGAAGGACUGGGUCAGAGCUGUUCUGCUGUUUGUCUUGCAAAUGAAGGGAACUCCCUGUCCCUGCUCCGACGGAGGAGUUUCCUAGACAUUCCUCCUAAUCUCUAUUUAAAGGAAGUUGUGAUGCUUGAUUAAGGAGAGGGGUAAGUUGUUUGAUAUCCUGACGAAUUCUUUCAGGCCAGUCGUGACCGGACAGUGUUAUUUGGUGUAUAGGACAGUAAUAGAAAUACCUACAGUGUGAAAACAUCACUGAAAUGAUAUUGAUUUGAUAAUAUGAUACACAAACAAGCUGGGUUUUUGGACAGAUAGAACUAUUUCCUUGUGUUUGCGGUGGCAGUUACAGUUCUGUUUUUCAGCUUUUCGCACAUUCCUGAAUAGCAACUCAGCAUUUCUCCAUUUGUGUGGCUAAGCUUUACUUUGACUCUAGUAGUUUUGUUUAAACUUGUCAGUUCGUUGGAAAAUGAGAUAAAGUCUGAAGGAAAUAAGUGAAGGGGUUAAGAAUGUUGAUGUUGACUUAAAGAGCUGAUUAGCACUGAAAUGGUUGAUGGGAGAUUUGAAGUGGCAUUAGCACAUGAGCUGAGUGAACAGGAAAUAGAGAAACACCGUGUGAAAGAAAGCAAGCGACAUCAUGUAGGCAGUUCCUGCCCUGCUGUUGUGUUGGUUAUCCUGUCCUGCCACAUUCCUUCUGUGUGUCUGUUAAAUGGCAUGAUGGGGUGUCAUCUUGUUCUGCCCUGUGUCACAUGCUAAGCAUCUGGCAGUUAGCAUGAUUGCUUCGCAUCUCUGCUUUUUUAAAUUCCAUGUCAAUGAAUUUGAAUUGAGGUGGAAAAUUAGAUGCGGAACAGUCAUUUGAAUGUUAAUUUAAAAAACUAGAACUAAAAUGUAAUGAACAAGCGUUCAUUUAAAAGAACAUUUAUAUAUAAAAAUGAACGUACACUAACAUUCAUUUAAAAAAAAAAAAACUUUUAUUCACCAUAAUGCAUUAAAUUGAUUAAACAUGACAGUAAAGACUUUUAUAAUAUUUAUCUAUUCACCAAAGUAUCCUGAAAAAGUGUCUAAAAAAAUAAUAAUUUUUUUUAUAAAUUUUAUUUUAAAAUAUUUCAAAUUGUAAUAAUUUAAUUGCAAACAUUUGAACGGUAGUGUUAAAAAAUAAAUAAAGGUUUAAAUACUUCCUUAAAGUGAUCAUCGCAUGUACCUUCAUGCUGUUUGGAGAGCCUAUUUACAAUACUGUUACACUUUAUACAAUACAUAAUGGUUAAUUGCCUAUGGUUAAUUGUUGUCAAAAUAUAUAUAUAUAUAUAAAUUCAAGUUCAAACAACCUUUCAAAACCCUAAAUAGUGCAUGAUCUAGCCUACUUUAAGCGUUUUCAGAUAUAGUUAGUGUCUGUCAGCUCUGCAUAGUGCUCAUGCGUGUGUAAAGGUGAACGGGAUGGUGUGAUUCGAGUGGGUUGAUUGGUGUGUGUGUGUGUGUGUGUGUGUGUGUGUGGGUAGAGAGAGUGUGAGGCAGCUGGUGUGGUGGGAGGCCGGCGCUCGGGCCGGUCUUGUGACUGAGACAUCAGCCCUGAGCUCUCAGCAUUGUGUCUGUGUAGCCGAUCAUCUGAGCAGUACUGAGGGGGGAGCAGCAGCCCGAACCCAACCAGCUCCAGCAACAAACAAAGUGCUAUUUUAGAAUGAGGUCAUUCCUAUGUGCCUAUAGUUUGAUGGUGUUUACUAAUAAAGCACACAGUGGCAAUGAAGGCCGCUUGUGUAACUAUGACACAACUGGUAUUAAUGAGAGUGUUAAAGUUAAAUAAGUUAAGCUAACUUGGGAACAGUUUACCCAGUCAAUAAAAUUUAUCUUGUUGUUCCAAACCUUCGUAAUUUUUCCUUCACAAAAGAAGAUACUUAAAUGUUUUGGUAUUUUUUAUUUUUUUGUCUUAAAGCUAAAGUCUCAGUGGGGUUUAAAAUACACUAUUGAUUCGACUGCACUAAUACUGUCGAAUGAGAACAAAACUUGAACUGAAUUUAGCUGAGUAAUGACACUAUUGUGAAUUUGUUACAUAAUUGAUUAAUUUUGCAACAUCCACACUAGGGGUGAGCAAUAUACCGGUAGACACGAUUAACUGGUCAGCCGUUACAGAUUUUGGACUAUCUUCUCUAUUGCAGUUACAUGCUCACAUGAGGUUGCUGUGCUACAUGGUCAUGAAAACUUAUCAUUUGCACGUGUCUUUAAGCAUUGCGGUUUAAAAACAAGCGAUUUUCAAAAAAAAUGCAAUCAGCAGCGAAAGAGAACUCAUUUUGCUAAAGUGAAGACGGACCUCAUAGUGCGGGAGUAUUGAGUUAUUUUUGCCUCUCUAUAGGCAUUUAACGGUUAAACAAACACACUUGUAUGUGUCAGAAUGCCCGUAUUUCCAAGUACUUGUAAACACAGUAAUUUAAGUCUUAAGUAAAAGCAAACAACCUGGGAAAGAAAACACACGUGUAACAGUUGGCUAUAUUGGAUAUGGGCAGCUCUUAAAGUGACAGCUAAAUCACAUUUGUACCUUUAAGAAACAUAUAUUUAAUUUAUACAGUGAGGAAUAUGCACUGUUUUUAUACAUUUGAUUACUUUAUACAAUGUAUGUAGCAUUUCUAAUUUAUUUGUUUAUUUAUUUUUUUGUCCUAUUUCUUGUAAUUAGUUUCAUAUUCUUAUUUAAUCGCUGACUGUUUACUUUUCUUUAGUUUAGUUUUACUUAAGUUUUUGUUUUUUUUAAUUUAGGCUAGUAUUAGUUUGUUUUUUUUGUGUGAUUUUGACACGGGUGACAAGAAUUAUGAAAUUUCUAUGGUAUAAAAAAUGUUGAAAUCAAAAAGACAAACAAUUUAUUUAUUUACAACAAAAAUAAAUAUAUUGUGAUAUAUAUCGUUACCGUGAAAUAAAAUCACUCAUAUCGUGAUAUAAGAUUUGGUAAUAUCGCCCACCCCUAAUCCACACUGUUAUUGAAAUGAACUGGAUCAAUAUUAAACUGACUUGAGCUGAAUACUGACACUGUUGUCUUCUGUAGAGCUGCUAAUACAGGGUUUCUUAAAAGGCCUUAAAACAUCUUAAAUUGGAGCAAAAAAUCUUAAAUUCAUAAGAAUUCAAGUUAUGGCAUUAAGUGUUGCAUAAAUUGCAAAAAAAAAAAAAAGGAAUAUCUUCCUCAGUAUUUUUUUCUCAAUACAAAUAUCUAAACAUCCUUAAAUCAAGAUACAAGAUAUCUACUUAAGAUGCAGAAUGAACCUAUGAAGUCAUGUUUAAAACAAGAACAAAAAUCUGUAAAAUCAAAAUCUGUUCAAGUUGUAUUUUCAAAGUUUGAAACAUUUGUGAAUACAAGACAUUUACAUUUAGAGAACAUAUUGACGUUUUGUGUUGCAUUCAAUUUAUUCCAUUAAUUUUCUCUACUUGGUCUUAAAAGGGUCUUAAAAGUCUUGUAUUUACCUUCAUAAAACCUGUUAUAGCUGAAUUGAACUCGUUUCGUAGCUAAUGAACUUUACACAGUUAUUGAACCGAACUGACUUGAGCUGAAUAAUGACAUUUUAGGGGUGCUUUAAAGCAAAAUUUGGAUUUGUCUCAUAUUUAAAGAAGUUAAUUAAUUAAUUAUAUUAUUUUCCUGUUUAUUACUGUGAAGUUACUUUGAAACAAUCUGUAUAGUGUAGUGCACUAUAAAUAAAAAUGGCUUGACUUUCGUUUUGGACUCCAUCGACUUCAUGUAUGGACACAUACAGUUUAAAAUGUUUUUUUUGUGUGUGUGUGUUCCACAAGAUUUGACAUGAGGGUAAGGCUGGCCACACACUAGAGGAUUUUAAGGCCGAUUUUAAGCCUGAUUCGCACCCCCGAACGAUCGGGGGGUGUGGCCCGAUUUGCGGUUUGUCGCAAGCAAUUUUUUGUCCAAAAAUCCUCUAUUGUGUGGUGUCAUUUACGAUUACUUAUCUGUUCCCGAUCGAGACGGAGCGUCGCCAAACUCAAAUCAUGUUUGAUAUUUACGGCUCUUCAUCGGGCUGCCUCUGACGUGAUACCUGCGAUAGCCAACGAGAGCGAGCAAUUGUCACCUACCGGAUGUUGCGUGCUUCUAUAACUGAAACUUGGCACAAACAUGACAUGAAAGCAGAGAAUAUCACCCAUAUUCUUUUCUAUUCUUUGUUUUUCACUGUGAAACAGAACACACGCCAGGAGAGCCAGCUGACAACGUUUGAUCUCACGAGUGUCAGUGAGAUCUCGUGCGACUGUGAAAUCGUUCCUACAAUCUUCAAGGCUAAAAAUCGGUUGAACUGUCUUCAUGUCUGUGGUCUCCCAUGGUUUUAAAAUCGUUUAAGAUUUGAAAAUCGUCUAGUGUGCAGCCAGCUUAAGUAAAUGAUGACAGAGAUUUCAUUUUUGGGUGGCCUAUCCCUUUAAGUACUGACAUAUGUGAUGUCCAUUUUGUGCUUCCCAAACCAAUCUUAUGUAUGAGCCGACCACUCCUAGUCUAAAACCAGCUUAUAUAAUAAUUGUGUUCAUGAUGAUGUUGUAUUCACUUUUAAGUGUAGAUUUUAGCUGUUCACUCUGUCCUGUGUGUCGGUUCCGUGUCUGGCUAAUCAUGGACAAGAUGACAUAGUUAUGCAAACUCCCAGGGUUUGCGUUUGAAAUAGUGACAGACGUUUGUAACUGCGAUUACAAGGUGUGUCUAUCUGGAAUGAUUCAGUUCAGAUGCGUACAGCUGUGGACCAGGUGUCAUGAUGUCUCUCAUUAUAUCGCUCUGUCAGUUAGUCAGUCAUGCACGUAAGCAGAUAAACAUCGUUCGAGAGGAUAGUUUGCAGCCUCUUGGCCAUUGGCUCAGAGAUGCUGUUGCCAUGGAAACUGAUGUGCUAGUUGUUGCUGGGCUUCAGAUGGGAGCCGGUGCUGGAAGCAAUCCCUCUCCUGAGUUUUGGCCAGAGUGUGCUUGACUGCUCUGACACUCUGCUUAUUAACAACAGCCUCUCACCAAUAAACCACCUCACCUGCAUCAGAUGACGCUGGAUAUUUCUGCCUCUUUUAUAUACAUCAUAAUCAUCUCUCUAACAGACGUGUUUAUUUCCAUUUUUAAAUUAAGGCUUUUAUACAAAAUGAUGAUGAUCCUUCAAAAAUCGGUCUAAUAUGCUGAUUUGUUGUCAAGAAAUAUUUUCUUAUUAUCAUAACUGUUGAAAACUGCUGCUUAAUAUUUUUGUGGAAAUCAUGAUGCAAUUUUUCAGGAUUCUUUGACGAGUUCAAAAGAACAGCACUUAUUUAUAAUAGACAUAUUUCUUAAAAUUAUAAAUAUCUUUUCUGCCAGUUUUGAUUGUUGAAUAAAAGUAUUAGUUUUAUAUUAGUAAAAAGUAUUAGUUAUUAUCCUAAUACUAAAUAAAGUAUUAUCCAAGAUGCUUCAAGAAACCUGCAAAGCUACCUGAAAAACUAUGCGCAAGUGCAACUAGGGCAAAAGCUGCUUUAAAGGAUGGUCGGUCACACCAAAUGUUGAUUUAAUUUAGUUAAUGGAAGUUAAUUGAUAAAGAAAAUCUAUUUUUGACAGCAGCCAAGUACCUAAAACUUUUAAGAGUACUGUAGCUUUGCAGGUAAGUUUCUUCUGGAUUUAGUCUGUCUCAGUUUGUUCUGUUUCUUCAUGUCAUUGCAGACAGACUGGGAGAUGAUCAGAUCAGAUCUCUGUGUGGAGCACUGGCUGUUGUCGGACUCCUUGUGCAAACAAAUCUCACUGGAUUAUUACAAUUAAUGGCAAAAUGAAUUUUUGGAAAUGUAAACUGAUAUUUCCUACUGACACAUGAUUGAAAUAACUGACCUAAACCAAUUUUUUUAGCUGGUGAAAAUACUAGUGUUCUAAUGAUUUUGGUCACCUCUGUGUAUAUAUAUGAUAUGAUAUUGUAUGAUAAUAUAUAAGAUAUGUAAAAAUGUCUUGUGGACACUUGUGAAUCAGAAUCAUGAAUCAGAACCGUUUAAUCAGUUUUUUGAAUUGAUUCAUUGAGACAAGACACUAAAAGUGAAAAUGAAUGACUUAAUCAGCUGUGUUGGGGGUGGCUUUACAUAUUCAGUGACAGAAUGAUUUUAAAUGGAGCAGCAGGCUGGAUGAGGAAGCAGAGGGCUGUGGAGUCAUUAUGGAGUUUGACUCUCUCUCUGUGUUUGUAAGAAUGGGAGAGCCAUUGAUGUUAUGACUGCAGCUCCUGGUUGUCUCUUGCACAUUUCCUCUCUCCCUCUCUCUUGAGGCUCACAAGACCACAUCUGCUGUAAUGCGCAAACCCAGCGCACCAGCCUGGGGUAUUUUGCUGCAAACAGCAGCUUGAGCAUGUUUUUUGAGCAUGAGCAUGAACUUUUAUGAUUCCUCCUUGUUGUUAAGUCAUGGCACAGGAGUGUUGAUGUAUACAUAUACAAUGGAGUCAAAAUGUCUUGAGUCCCCAUUGAAAACAUGGUUUUGGUCCGUAUGAGGCCACUGUCUUGCAGAUGAGCCAUCAGUGGGGGCUGUCGUGUCGCAGACCCAGAUAGUGACUGGAGGCUGCGGCCCAGGCCCCGCCCCCGCCCCCUCCCAGCAUGCCCAACGCUGUUCGCGCGGGGAGUCUGAAGGACCCCGAGAUCGCAGAUCUCUUUUUUAAAGAAGACCCUGAAAAACUCUUCUCAGACCUGAGAGAGAUCGGUCAUGGCAGCUUCGGCGCUGUAUACUUUGCACGGGAUGUGCGGACCUCAGAGGUGGUGGCCAUCAAGAAAAUGUCAUAUAGUGGAAAACAGUCCAAUGAGAAAUGGCAGGAUAUAAUAAAGGAGGUGAAAUUCCUUCAGAGGAUAAAGCACCCAAACAGCAUAGAGUAUAAAGGAUGCUACCUGCGAGAGCACACAGCAUGGCUGGUUAUGGAGUACUGUCUGGGGUCUGCCUCAGAUCUCCUCGAGGUACACAAAAAACCUUUACAAGAGAUGGAAAUAGCAGCGAUUACUCAUGGUGCUUUGCAGGGGUUGGCGUACCUUCACUCCCACAACAUGAUUCACAGGGAUAUCAAGGCUGGGAACAUUCUGCUCACAGAGCCUGGACAGGUGAAGCUGGCAGAUUUCGGUUCUGCUUCAAUCGCCUCUCCUGCUAAUUCAUUUGUGGGUACUCCUUAUUGGAUGGCCCCAGAGGUGAUCCUGGCCAUGGAUGAGGGUCAGUAUGAUGGAAAGGUUGACAUCUGGUCUCUAGGAAUAACCUGUAUUGAAUUAGCUGAAAGAAAACCACCACUCUUUAACAUGAAUGCAAUGAGUGCCUUAUACCACAUUGCGCAGAACGAGAGUCCAGCCCUGCAGUCCAGUGAAUGGACGGACUACUUCAGAAACUUUGUGGACUCCUGCUUACAGAAGUUGCCCCACGAUAGACCCAACUCUGAAGAACUGCUGAAACAUGCGUUUGUCCAGCGUGAGCGGCCGGAGUCAGUGCUUAUGGACCUGAUCCAACGCACCAAAGAUGCUGUGAGAGAGCUGGACAACCUGCAGUACCGCAAAAUGAAAAAGAUCCUCUUCCAGGAGGCCCACAACGGCCCUGCGGCAGAGGUCCAAGACGACGAGGAGGAGGUAGAGCACAGUGUUGGCCGCACAGGCACAGUGAACAGUGUGGGCAGUAACCAGUCCAUCCCUAGCAUGUCCAUCAGUGCGAGCUCACAGAGCAGCUCGGUUAACAGCCUGCCUGACGCCACAGACGCCACCGACGAUAACAAGAGCGAGGUGGACCUGAUGGAGAAAGACCAAACCAUCAUACCCAACAGCUCCAUGAUUCAUGUCAAACCGGAGGAAGAGAGCUACCAGGAAGAAACCGAGGUUCAGAAACAGCCCACAGAGCUUCAGUCUCCCCCAGCACAGACACCACGGCGUCAAUACCGGAAUCGAGAGCACUUUGCCACCAUUCGCACAGCCUCCCUGGUGACGCGUCAGAUUCAAGAACACGAGCAGGACUCUGAGGUGCGCGAGCAGAUGUCUGGCUACAAACGAAUGCGCAGGCAGCACCAGAAACACCUUCUGGCCCUCGAGAACAAGCUGAAGGGCGAGAUGGAUGAGCACAGACUCAAGCUAGACAAAGAACUGGAGAACCAGAGGAACAGCUUUGCUGCUGAGAUGGACAAACUCAUCAAGAAGCACCAAUGCACCAUGGAGAAAGAUGCCAAGACUUUUACCAACGAUGAAAAGAAAUUCCUGCAGCACAUUCAGAGCCAGCAGAAGAAGGAGCUCAACAGCUUCCUGGAGUCUCAGAAACGCGAGUACAAACUGCGCAAAGAACAGCUCAAAGAGGAGCUGAAUGAGAACCAGUCCACACCAAAGAAGGAGAAGCAGGAGUGGCUGUCCAAGCAGAAGGAGAACUUCCAGCACUUCCAGGCAGAGGAGGAGGCCAACCUACUUCGCCGGCAGCGGCAGUAUUUGGAGCUUGAGUGCCGCAGGUUCAAACGGCGAAUUCUCAUUGCACGUCACAACGUGGAGCAAGAUCUAAUGAGAGAGGAGCUGAAUAAGCGUCAGACGCAGAAGGAUCUAGAGCACGCCAUGCUGCUCCGACACCAUGAGUCUAUGCAGGAGCUGGAGUUCAGACACCUGAGCAACAUCCAAAAGAUGCGUGCAGAGCAGAUCCGCCUGCAGCACCAGACAGAGCUCACCAACCAGCUGGAGUACAACAAGCGCAGGGAGAGGGAGCUCAGACGGAAACACGUCAUGGAGGUCCGACAGCAGCCCAAGAGCCUCAAGUCCAAAGAGCUCCAGAUCAAGAAACAGUUCCAGGAUGCAUGUAAGACCCAGACCCGGCAGUACAAAGCCCUGCGAAACCAGCUGCUGGAGAGCAUACCAAAACCUGAACACAAGACCAUGCUGAAGAGACUGAAGGAAGAGCAAACCAGGAAACUAGCAAUCCUCGCUGAACAGUAUGACCACACCAUCAACAACAUGCUCUCCACACAGGCUUUGCGUCUAGACGAGGCGCAGGAGGCGGAGUGUCAGGUGCUGCGGAUGCAGCUGCAGCAGGAGUUGGAGUUGUUGAAUGCAUAUCAAAGUAAGAUCAAGAUGCAGACGGAUGCUCAGCAGGAGCGAGAGAGGAAGGAGCUGGAGCAGAGAGUGUCCCUCCGGAGAGCCCUACUGGAGACUAAGAUCGAAGAGGAGAUGUUGACCUUGCAGAACGAGCGCACAGAGCGGAUCCGUAGCCUGCUGGAGCGUCAGGCCAGAGAAAUCGAGGCCUUCGACUCAGAGAGCAUGCGCUUGGGCUUUAGCAACAUGGUGUUGGCUAACAUCUCUCCUGAGGGCCUCAGCCACAGCUUCCCAGGGGCCCCGGGCAGUUGGAUCCCCCAUCAGCAUCACUCAGAUGGCUCUCAGGGGACACAGUGGGGCAGCAGCUCUGGUUCAGGGGCCGGCCACCACUACCACUCCAGUCAGGGAGGAGCACAGGCCCAGCAGGGCUGGGGCCAAGCCAUCCCAGGAGGUGGGCUUCCUCCAUGGGGCCACUCUCCUUCGGGCCCCCAAGGGGCCAUGCCAAAAAGCAGCGUAGGGAUGCGUAACAGCCCUCAGGCACUUAGGAGGACCACCUCAGCGGGGCGCACUGAGCAGGGCAUGAGUAGGAGCACCAGCAUCACAUCUCAGAUAUCCAACGGUUCGCACCUGUCUUACACAUAGACACCAGUGCGUUUGUGCCAACCCUGCACACACAAACACACACAGGGUAGGGGAACGCACUGGCCCACACUAAAGACUGGCACAGAGAGCAGAGCCAACUGCACUCGUCUACCCCUCUAUUCCUCUUUUCUUUUCCUUCGCUUUCUCAUUUCACUUUCCUACAUGCAGACGUGCAUGUAAACGACAGCAAAUAUCACUCAGGUCAAAAGAAAUUCUAACUUUGUAUGAAGCUUGUUUGACAGCCAUGCAGAGCUAAAGUCAAAAACACUAGUCUGAUUUAAAGCUCACUUGAUGAGAUUCAUUUAAUGCUAAAUAUUAUAGAGAAAGAUAUCUGAAAGAUAUAAAAUAGAUGUUUAUUAAUUUAGCUUUAGUCCACUUAACAUGUGGAUUCAUAAACCAAAAGGAUGUUAAAAGGAGAUGUUGGCCAUAAUUCUCAAGAUUACGUAAGUAUACAAUCUAAGCUGUCAGCCUGCUGUCAUGCUCUUAGGAAAAAUCAUUUGGGUUUUAAUAAAAUAAAGAAAUGGAUUGUGUGUGUGCAGUAUAUGGGUUAGGAAGAGAGCUGGCCAAUCUGUUGAUUUUAAGUGAAAGUGUUUUAGUUGUCAGAUUUUUUUAGCUGAACGAUUCAUUUGCAGAGGAGGAGUUAUUUAGGAGUUUGCCUACAUCAAGUACUGUACUGAAAUUAAUGUGAAUAAAAAUACACAUUUCAAUAGGUUCAAAACUUGAUCUUACAGAUUUUGUUGUUACUUGUUUAGUCGGUGAGUAAAGGUCAACGGGGCUGUCUUGCCCAAGCAGUGUGUUUUAAGAUUUUAAACAGUGCGGGCAAGCACAAAUAUGUUCAUAUCUCCAGCAUACUUUUUAUUUAGUCUGUACUAGCAUUAAGCAACCUAAUUAUGGCUAGACAAGCUGUCUUCAGUCUUCUUAGCCUUUUGAUACACCCUUCAUUUUAUUAGGUCAGCCAGCUUUCAUCUGGAUCAGGUGUCCAGACACAUUUAGAUGUGGUGCUUUCUUGAUUAUUCAUUGUAUGUGAUGUUUUAGGUGUGCAAUGCCAGCUUAAUGAUAUCAGAUAUAUGUUCAGUGCCUUGAAUGUGUUAAUGGUUUAAUUACUCAGUAGAGACAUACCAAGAUGAAUGUUUUCAUGUAGCUAAAAAAAAACACUCCCAAAUUUAGAGUUUAAUCAUGUUCCCCAAGCUAAUGAAGGGACAGUAUUGGUCCAUUUAAGAAGAGUGCGUGUAGCGUGUUGGUGUGAAAUAUAUUUGGUUGUACACCUAAAUAUGAUACUAUGUAAUACUAAACUCUUAUGUUGAUAAACUUUUGAGGUGCCUUUGAAUAGCUGCCAAGCAGAAGCACUUUAUGUAGUGUGUUGUGUUUUGAGGAAUAUUUUUUACAAGCGUUCUCAACUAUGGAAAUGACUAAUGCAGCCGUAAACUGUAGUGUGCGAUGGCGGAUGUCCAGUAUGUUUACUGUUACUCUUUUAAAAGAAUUUUGUGGUUAUUUUAAGGAAGUGCUAGAUGUGAAUUUGUCGGUGGAUUUAGUACAGUACUGUCAUGAUUUAUCAAAAGAAAUGAAUGCAGAAACUGUUUGAAUGUACUACGUCCUCCAUCAGGUUUGUGUCAUGUCUUUGACACUCUGGGAAUGUAAGGAAUGGUAGGAGCAUGAAUUACUUCUUUUUUCUGUAGGUCAUGACAGCAGGCUUUGUUAUGUGACGCUUAACUGGCUCUUUUGGAGCAGGCAAACACUCUUGAUUUGGUCUCAUGACCUCCACACUAAAUAGCAAACGGUGUGUUCACUGUUUCAUGCUCAUUCACUACCAGUCAAAUGUUUGGACACAUCUACUGCUAAUUUUUUUUACCAUUUUUUGUUUUCUAUAUUUUAAAUAAUAGUAUAUUCAGUAUAUAUACACUACCACCAUUUAAAAAGUUUGCGGUUGGGAAUAAUUUAUUUUUUAAUAAUUUAAAGAAGUAUUUUCUAUUUUAAUAUAUUUUAAAAUGUAAUUCAUUCUUGUGAUGGCAAAGCUGAUUUUAAGCAACCAUUAUUCCAGUCGUCAGAGUCACGUGAUCCUUUAGAAAUAAUUCUGAAUUCUGAUUUGAUUUUUCAUUAUUAUUAUCAAUGUUGAACACAAUUAUGCUGGUUCAUAUUUUUGUGGAAAUCAUGAUAAAAUUAUUUCAGGAUUCUCUAAUGAAUAGAAAAUUCAAAAGAACAGCAUUUAUUUUGAAAUAGAAAUCCUACACUGGAUAACUUAAUAUAAAUGUUGUUACUGUCCUUGCUGAAUCAAAAUUAUUAAAAAAAACUAAAUUACUGACCUCAGACUAUUGAAUAGGAGCGUAGCCUUAUUUCAAGCCAAGUAGAUUCCUAAUGUUUUAUUUAUUAAAAUUCUUGAAGAAUCAAGCUACAGAUACAAUGACAUUUUCCUACACAGCUUUUCACUACAUGUAUGCAAGGAAAUGUUAUAUAAAAAUACAUAGUAUUAAUAAUAUUUACCAACAUUUAAGUUUACAAAAACAGAGGAGAAAUGCCAAGCAGAGACUUAUAUUAACAUACGUAUGUGUGUGUGAUGUGAAUUUUUUUUUUUUAUUGGUUCAAUCUAAACGAUUCACUGACACGAAUCAAACUUACCAGCUUUACCAUUUUUGCUUAAAUCAAUCUCAUCUCUUGUAAUGGGAAAGUUAAUGGCCAAAUUCUCUCAGCCAAGUUCAUGAGGUGCAUCCUGGGAUUCUUUUUAAAUGGUAUUGAAGGAGUUGACACGCUUGCAUUCAUUUAUGUCAAUGUCCAUGUAUGACUGGUAGUGUCAUCUAUAAUGUAUUUAAAUUUUCUGAAAUCAAUAGCUGCCCCAAAGAUUUAACAGCCAAAAAAAGUAUUUUCUCCCUCAUUUUUUUGGCUGCUAUAAGAUGACCAAGUCCAUGAGUAGAAUUUCCUCUCAAACAUGCAGGGAUCUUUUCCCCUUCUCCCCCUGCUCUCCUUCUGUCCUCUGUGCCGCCCGUACCGCAGGUGUCAGUGCCCAGUAUUGUGAGGAUAUGAGUUGUGCUGCCGAUGCCCCUUCCUGCCCUCACUCUCCCCCACUGCUUCACAUGCCAUUACUCCUCGCCAAGCUCCACCUGGAUCCAGCGUUUCAACGCACGGAUGCCUGAAUGCACUUUCUUGGGGGAACUUUUCAAGCUAACUCCCAAGCGAGUUUAUCUAGUUGGUUUGCUUCACAUCACUUUGACUGCAGGAGUCACGUUGACUGAUUCAUUCUUGUGAAAUUUCUACUCAUGUUUUAACACUUCUGAUCUGAUGGAGUACAAUGUUACCCUCCCCCUUCUGUCUCCGUUGUGCAAUCAUUGGUGAAAACAAAACUCUCCGGGCAGAACGUGUCUCUCCCUUUCCUUAAUAUCCCAAAAGAUCUUGUGUGACCCUUAUUACCAAAUGAAUCCGGCUCCAAUGUGAAAGAGCGAGUAUAAAGUGUACCUAACAAACUCUAGAGUCGUCUUCUGGGGAGAGUGUUCAUAUUGUAUAUUUGGUUUAAAUAAAGAUUUAAAAUGCAUAGAAAUGAAUUAAAUCGAUGGUGGCGUACGUCCCCCCCCCCACCACCCCACCAUUCUCUGCGUAUAGACAAAGGUUUUAAAAAAAAUCUAUUACAAAUUGUAAACUAUGUACCUUGCGCUUUUAAAGGGGUUUCUGGCCUGUGUACAAGGAGCCUCGGGGCUCCGGGGCCUCAGAGUUGAACUUCAGGGAAUAGUGUGUGUUUACACGUCACCUCUGCACACUUUGUGUUUCCAUUUGUAUUAGAAAAUCUGUCUGUUGAUCACAGGAACGUUUCGGGUCCUCUUUAUUCUGAACCCUCCAUUCGUGCGAAUGUCAGAAGGUGCAGUAUAAGAGCUAUAAAAGGCACAGAAAAGAGGCAAAUGUUUCUAUUUUGAAUCCUCCCGUAGGUCAUUUUGAUAUUUCGUAACCCACAGAUGAUCCGUUUUGUUUUUGUUUUUUAUACCUUUUGGGUGAGGGCUGUUUGAAUUUGGUUGGCAUUACUCAUUAUUGUGUCAUACCUGCCACCGAUUAUAGAUUACACAUUUUAUUUUUUAUUUUGUCCUAGUUUGAAACUUGUCCUACUGACUGAAUUUAGAGGAUGUGUAAGUAAUACUGAUAUAUGAGAAAUAUUAGAUUGAAAUGCAAACUUAUUUUCUAAUGGAGGUUCAACCUCUGGUCAAACACUGUGCCAUCCCACAGCUGCCAAGCCCGGUCACUACUGCAUUGUCUCCUCUCCUGUUGACAGGCUAUGAAAGAGUGAUGGUUAUUUCAGUUCUGAUGGACCUGGACACUCCUAUCGCCAACACUACAAAGAAACAAAACGGGGAGCGAUAGAGAGGGGCUGGUCUACGGGGAAGGGCUACAUUUCUUGUAAAGAACAUCAGUAUUCCUUUGCCAUGGUCGAAAUGGCAUACUAACAUACUGCGUACUGAAUUUCUUUCGAAAAGUAGUGUGUUAGUGUGCCGUUUCACACGCGUCCAUUGUCCUCUGGCUCAGCAUCACCACUAUAACUCAUAUGUAACCUGUAUCAAAAUGUAUAGAUCGUGUAUCAUGUUAUUGAAUGUCUAAAAAGAUUAUACAAAAAGUUUAAAAACACAGAAUAAAUGGCUUGAAAUUGUAUUAAAGUAUUCAUGAAUCCGAGAAAACAAACGUCUAGAGAUAAAUGAACUAUUUUUUUCUGUUCUGUAAUUACUGUUGUGUUGAUGGAGGAACACUGGUCAGAGGAUCCGCUGUAAUAAAAGUAAAUUUAGUACAACA